AUGCAACACUACAGCUUCUUCGAUGCCCCAAAGCCAAAGAUAAACGAAAACAUGAAACCAAUGGAUCAAAGAGCCUUCUAUAACAUAUUUGACAGACCACAUCGCCCAAUUCAUCCAAUUCUCUCCACCCGCAAACACCAGAUUAAGGAAUACAUUCAAGAUGAGGAUUGUUGUCGUCCAGCAUCCUCCAGCCUUUCUUCUUUAUCUUUUAUGCGUCCUUAA